AUGAUUGAGACCACUUUCAUCUCAAUCCACGACCUCACCGAGGAUGCCACGAUCCUUUACUCUUCGGACUCUGUAGUCGACAUCUUGGGCUACACCCCAGACGAUAUUGUCAAUCGCUCGGCAUGGGACUUCUUCUCUUUGGACGACCUUCCCUCUGCUCGGCAGUUCCACCAAAAGCGAGUUGCGAACGACAAAGCCGCCGUGCUGGGCUAUUGUCGCAUCAAGAACAAGGAUGAUCAAUGGGUCACCUGCGAAUGCUGUUUCUCGAUCGUGUACGAUGUCAUGGUCGUCUGCACGAGUAUCUAUCGAAGAGAUGCAUCAAGCGCAAAGCGUGCUACCGAAGCGCCCCUCGUGCGCCGAAUGUUCUCAUCGUCUCCCAAGGAUCCGAGAUAUCACAUGCUGUCUCACCUAUCUGCCAAAUUCGCACCUUCAAUCCCCAUGAAGGCUGUUGCGCACGAACCGAGGGCGGCACUAUUCCUCAACCGCUUCACCCGUACGUUGACCAUCAUGUAUGCAACCAGCGGCCUCCAGGACGUGAUCGGCAUACCUGCAGAAACCAUGCGUGGUCGGAGCUUUUACUACUGCAUCGCUCAAAACUGCCUUCRAGAUGCGGUCAAAUGCCUGGAAAAUGCAAAGGGCAAUGACUCCGUGGCGUACCUUCGCUUCUGGUUCAGGGAUCCACGCAUAGACGAUGAGCCAACUGGCAGUGAUGACAGCGACGAGGAAAUGACGACAGAUACGAGCGAAGGUGGUGUUGGUUUACAGAGCGAGCACGACUCACCCCUCAGUGAGCGGGACAUCAUGGACGUCGAUAUGGACGAUAUGAAGCACACAUCUCGACACUCGUCAGGCGUCAGUAGUACGCGCAGGCAAGACACACAUGAAGCCAUAUUUGGGGAGGCGCGAGUCGCCGAAUCUUCGGCUGCGUCAUCGCCUGAUCGCGAGGAGAUUGUCCGCGACCCCAUCGAGCUCGAGGCCGUGGUCUCUUGCACCUCGGAUGGUCUUGUCGUAUGUCUGCGGAGAGCUCGACCGAUGAUCCCUCAUCCCACGCACAGUCGCCCUGCGCGGCCAAUGUACGAGAAUGGUCUGUUCGCCGCUCCUUGGGCCCUGGAACCCGUCCUACCUCCCUUGGAAACUCGAACCAGUUGUGGCAUCGGCUCUUCUUUUGCUCCCGCUCUGGGCCCCCAAGGUCAUCGACGUACAAGCCACAAUGUACCCGCCGAGUCGGACUUCAUGAACGCCAUUCGGGAACAAGCCGUGUUCGCAUGGGCUCUGACUGGCAUCAACGGUAUGUUGGCCGCGUAUGGAGAAGGCAAACCAGCGGGAGAGUCGACGCCUGAUGGCGGAUUCCCCGUCUGGGCAAACGAUCCACGCAGCCAAGGUGAUGACAGCGGGAGCAAUGGCUAUAGCAGCGGGCAGGAAUUCUUCGGAUCCGCGCACAAAAGUCCGCGAGAUGUUCGACCAAGCGCUCACAUCUUUGGUGAUCCUGGACUUGGCAGAAACAGCAGUAACGGCCGAGGCAUUGGCAGUGGUAGCAACAGCACGGGAGGCACGCCUUACUCCGGGACGUAA